AUGUCUGAUAGCGAAUAUGAAGACAUUAGGCGUCUGAAAGAGGCGCGUAAAAACAUGCAAUACCACGAUGAAUCUCCAGAAGAACCUGAAGAGACUCAUGAGAAUCUGCCGAAAUCAGGUAAUCCUCGUUCGCUUGUUGGUCAGUAUACUGCCACUUCGAACAUGCUUAAUGAAGUUGUUGCCAAUGAUGACUUUGAUCCAUUGGCUGAACGUGGAAAGAAAAAAACAAUUGCAGCACGAGAAAACGAAUAUGUCAAGAGAAAAUACAACAGAGGCUUGGAGGAACAGUAUGGAAACGAAGAUUUAUCUUACGAAAAGGCCAUGGAGCUGCGACAGUUGGAACGCGAAGAACGCGAAGUUCAAGAACAGAUUCGGAAAAAAAAUAUGCAACUCAACGGUAAUGAAGACGAUUCUCAGGCCCGCAAAAAAAGACGAUGGGAUGUUCAAGAAACAACAGAAAUAAAACAGGAAGAAACUAAAGAGCUCCCGAAACGCUCACGCUGGGACGUUCAAACUGAGGAUACCCCCGCUAAGCCAAAGCGAUCAAGAUGGGAUCAAGCGCCAGCACCCGCACCACCGCAAAAACAAAUAGAGGCUGUUUCUCAAACUACACUUACUGAUGAAUUUCUCAACAGUAUUUUGCCUUCGGAGGGUUACGAAAUUUUAGAGCCGCCAAUUAAUUACAUGCCUUUGGGCUCUUCUGGAAAAUUUAGUGCUCCUGCUGAAAGCGAUGGCUUUAUAAUGCUUGAGGACAAUUCCGCGAAGGGUCUUGCCAUGAGCAAAACACUACCGACUGAAAUCCCUGGUGUUGGUGAUUUACAAUACUUUAAAGAAAACGAUAUGAAAUAUUUCGGCAAGCUGCUGGACCAAGAAAAUGAUACCUAUCUUUCUGUGGAAGAGCUCAAGGAGCGUAAAGUGAUGCGACUAUUGCUCAAGAUUAAAAAUGGUACACCCCCAGUCCGAAAGAGUGCACUUCGUCAUAUUACAGAUAACGCCAGAGCAUUCGGUCCCAAAGUUCUGUUUAAUCAAAUUCUACCGUUAUUGAUGGAGCAGUCGCUGGAAGACCAAGAGCGCCAUUUAUUGGUUAAAGUCAUUGAUCGUGUUUUAUACAAGCUUGGUGAUUUGGUUCGGCCCUACACACACAAGAUUCUGGUUGUUAUUGAACCUUUACUAAUUGACGAAGACUACUUUGCCCGCAUUGAAGGCCGAGAAAUUAUUUCCAAUUUAUCCAAAGCUGCUGGUUUGGCUCAUAUGAUUGCCACAAUGCGACCCGAUAUUGACCAUGCUGAUGAGUUUGUGCGCAACACAACGGCACGCUCGUUUGCUGUGGUUGCUAGUGCGUUGGGCAUUCCAUCUCUUAUUCCAUUCAUUAAAGCCGUUUGCCGAUCGAAAAAAAGCUGGGAGGCACGUCAUACAGGCAUCAAGAUUGUGCAGCAAAUUGCGCUUUUUUCUGGAUGUGCUGUUCUCCCACACUUGACGAGUCUGGUGGAAUGUAUAGCUGGAGGACUUUCAGAUGAACAGAAUAAAGUUCGGAUGAUUGCCGCACUGGCGCUGUCUUCUCUGGCAGAGGCUUCAGCACCAUAUGGUAUCGAAUCAUUUGAUCCAGUACUAGAACCGCUAUGGCGCGGCAUUCGUCACCACAGAGGCAAAAACUUGGCUGCCUUUUUAAAAUGUAUUGGGUGCGUUAUCCCAUUGAUGGAUCCGGAGCAUGCCAACUAUUAUACACGUGAAGUGAUGGUGAUUUUACUUCGAGAGUAUACUACUUCUGAUGACGAGAUGAAAAAAAUUGUACUAAAGGUUACGCAGCAAUGCUCAGCAACUGAGGGCGUUACCCCGCAGUAUCUUCGCGAGGAAGUUCUUCCUCCGUUUUUCAAAAACUUUUGGGUGCGCAGAAUAGCAUUAGACCGACGAAGCUACAAGCUUGUUGUUGAGACAACCAUGGAGCUGGCCCAUAAGGUUGGUGUGUCUGAGAUUUUGGAGCGGAUCGUUGAUGUUUUGAAAGACGAGUCUGAGUCGUACCGAAAAAUGGGUGUGGAGACAAUUGAAAAGGUUGUUGGCGAGCUUGGGGCUGCCGACAUUUCUGAGCGGCUUGAAAUGCGGCUUAUUGAUGGCAUUUUGACGGCUUUCCAGGAACAGACGGUGGAGGAUAGUGUUUUGCUGAAUGGGUUUGGCACCACAGUUAACGCACUUGGUGGAAGAACCAAGCCUUAUAUUCCACAGAUUGUUAGUGCAAUUCUUUUCAGAUUAAAUCAUCAAAGUCCUACGGUUAGACAGCAAGCGGCUGAUCUCAUCACCAAAAUUGCUGUAGUGAUGAAACAGUGUAACGAAGAUGCCUUGUUGGGUAAGCUUGGAAGCAUUUUGUAUGAACAGCUUGGUGAGGAAUACCCUGAGGUUCUUGGUUCUAUUCUGGGAGCCUUGGGUAGUAUUGUCAAUGUUAUUGGGUUGUCAUCGAUGCAGCCUCCCAUUCGAGAUCUGCUCCCCCGCCUGACUCCUAUUCUGCGUAAUCGUCACGAAAAGGUUCAGGAAAACACUAUUGAUCUUGUUGGUCGGAUUGCUGACCGUGGUGCUGAAUAUGUGAGUUCACGUGAAUGGAUGCGCAUUUGCUUUGAGCUUUUAGAUCUGCUCAAGGCUCAUAAGAAGGGGAUCCGCAGGGCAGCCAAUAAUACGUUUGGAUAUAUUGCCAAGGCAAUUGGCCCUCAGGACGUGUUAGCGACGCUGUUGUCUAACCUUCGUGUGCAGGAACGUCAGUCGCGUGUUUGUACGGCUGUGGCCAUUGGUAUUGUUGCGGAAACGUGCGCACCGUUCACAGUACUACCUGCGUUGAUGAAUGAGUACCGUGUGCCAGAAAUGAAUGUACAAAACGGUGUUCUCAAGUCGAUGACAUUUAUGUUUGAGUACAUUGGAGAUAUGGCCAAGGAUUACAUAUAUGCUGUUACCACGCUACUAGAGGAUGCAUUAGUUGAUCGUGAUCAGGUGCACCGUCAGACGGCUGCAACGGUUGUUAAGCAUUUGGCUUUAGGGUGCAUUGGUUUAGGGUAUGAAGAUGCCAUGAUUCAUUUGUUAGAUUUACUUUUCCCCAAUAUUUUUGAAACAUCUCCGCAUGUGAUUGACCGUAUUUUGGAUGGUAUUGAGGGUAUUCGCAAUGCAGCAGGAACGGGUCUUGUGAUGAAUUACGUGUGGGCUGGGCUAUUCCACGCAGCUCGCAAGGUACGCACACCAUAUUGGCGUAUUUACAACACGGCGUAUGUGCAAAGUGCAGAUUCUAUGGUUCCGUAUUAUCCAGAAUUGCGUGAGGAGCAGUACCAUAGAGAAGAGUUGGAUAUUUGGAUUUAG